AAGCACCACACUGGGUUUCAUGGCGGAUCUGCCUGGACAGGAAGAAGCUGAAGUUUACGUUCAUGGACCACUUUAAUCACCUUUCUUGGUGAAGAUCCUCGCGUCGCACCUGGUUUUCCUGUUCGGUGCGACUCAGAAGCACAAAGGUGUGUUGUGUACCUGACAAGUGGGCACCAUGAACUACGUGGGCCAGCUGGCAGGCCAAGUUCUGGUGACGGUGAAGGAGCUCUACAAGGGGAUCAACCAAGCCACGCUGUCAGGUUGCAUUGACGUCAUCGUGGUCCGACAGCCCGACGGAACAUUCCAGUGCUCCCCUUUCCAUGUCCGCUUUGGCAAACUGGGAGUCCUUCGCUCCAGGGAGAAAGCGAUCGACAUCGAAAUUAAUGGAGAACCGGUGGAGUUGCAAAUGAAACUUGGAGACAACGGUGAGGCUUUUUUUGUCCAGGAGACCGAACAAGACCACGAGGUAGUCCCUGCGCGCCUGGCGACCUCGCCCAUUCACGCGGACGACGUUCCCGUGAAAAUCCAAGAAACCGGAAGUAGUGGAACAACAACAGAGAGCGGUCCGUGUCUGAAGGUUCUGGAAGAGCAACCUCGCCCGAAUGUGUGGGGGAAGAAGAGGAAGAGGAGAAGGAGGAAGCACAAAGCUGCCACCCGCAAGGAGCAGAAAAACCUGCCAGAAGGAAGCAAGCUGAAACUCUGCGGGCUUAGUUCAGAUGAGGAGAACAACUUCCACUGGUCCUGCUCGAGUUCAAUGAUGAAAGACAAACCGAACAACUGUGGACAUUCCUCAUUCGCUGCCCUUGAGUGGGACAGCUACCCGUUUUCUGACGGGGACUGGGCUCCCUGUUCCGAGUGGGAGACGUCCGAGGCCACAUUGCCUAGCAGCGACUCUGAGCUGAUGGUGAAGCCCACGGAAAGUAUGCUCAGGAACGAGUCACACAUGCAGUGGACCUGGGGCGAGUUUCCACAAUCUAAGAGGGUAAAAAUGGUCAGCAAAAAGGAGAGGUCCGAGCCAGAAGUUCUGACCAUCACCCCAUCAGACAGCACACAUUUCAGAGUCAUCUCCAGCCAUGUGUCUCAGAAGGGCAAGCGAGCAGAAUCGUCGGACAUCGUUAGACCCGAACCACGCAAUGCCACAUCAUCUCAGGACACCUCCACACCUCAGCUCGGGCCAGAACUUUCAAUCUUUUCGCCCCAGCCAUGCACAGCUAAUUUCAACCUCUGGGAAAAAAACGGACGCAAGACCAGGUGGACGUCUUCUCCACCCGGCCGCAGGGACAGCCGAGAUUCAGACAGAACCUCAACCAAGUCCGCAGACGCCGCGGUCAAAAGAAAGAGUGUAAAGAAGAGGAGUCAACAUCAGGGCCCGGAAGAUAUUUACCUGGAUGACCUGAAUGUGCUCGAGCCCGAUGUUGCUGCUCUGUACUUCCCCAAAAGGUACCAUCAGCAACGUUUGAUUAAUUUCUUUCUUACUAUUCAAGUACUGGAACCUCACAGACAUACAGUUGUUUAAGUUAAAGUUAAAGUACCAAUGAUUGUCACACGCACACUAGGUGUCGCGAAAUUAUUCUCUGCAUUCGACCCAUCACCCUUGAUCACCCCCUGGGAGGUGAGGGGAGCAGUGGGCAGCAGCAGCGGUGGCCGCGCCCGGGAAUCUUUCUGGUGAUUUAAUCCCAAAUUCCAACUCUUGAUGCUGAGUGCCAAGUAGGGAGGUAAUGGGUCCCAUUUCAUAGUCUUUGGUAUGACUCGGC